GAGGGGACGGCGCAGCUGAGGCGGGCGCCCCAACAUGGCCCCGCCGCUCCCAUCAUGGCGCCGCCGCCGCUCCCAAGAUGGCGCCGAGCAGCGGCUGGCGCGCGCGUCCCCUCCCACCGCCCGCCGCGCCACGCUCAAGAUGGCGGCGCGGGGCGGCCGAGGGGGCGCCAGGGGUGUGGCGAGCCGCGGAAGCCGGGUCAUGGCAGCGCCGGAAGAGCCGUGCGGCGGCCGGGCCGGCGGGGAGCCAGGCCGGGACGCGGCCGGUUUAAGCCGUAGCCGGGGGAGGCGGCGGCGGGAUUGUGUGGCUGCCGCCAUGUUCCGCUGUGGAGAGGAGAUCGUAAGUGGGGAGAGCGAGGAAGAAAGUAGCGGCGUCAACUUGAUGGAGUUCUCAGAUGAGAUCCUUUUGCACAUCCUCAGCUACGUCCCUUGUACAGACCUUGUCCUGAACGUCAGGAGAACCUGCAGGAAACUCGCAAUGCUUUGCCUUGACAAGAGUCUAACCCAUACAGUUUUGCUUCAGAAAGACUAUAAGGUAAACAAAGACAAAGUGAAGCAACUGAUGAGGGAUAUCGGGAAGGAGAUUUACCAGCUGAACAUGGCUGGGUGCUAUUGGCUGCCCAGCUCCACAAUCGAUCACGUAACACGAUGCAAGAACCUGGUAAGACUGAACUUGUCUGGGUGCCACGUCACCUCCCUUCGCCUCUCUAAGAUGCUGUCCACGCUCCAGCACCUGCGCUCCCUGGCCAUAGACGUGAAUCCGGGCUUCGACGCCAGCCAGCUGAGCAGUGAGUGCAAAGCCACUCUUAGCCGUGUCUCGGAAUUGAAGCAAACCCUUUACACGCCCUCCUACGGAGUUGUUCCGUGCUGCACCAGCCUGGAGAAACUGCUGCUUUAUUUUGAGAUCCUCGAUCGCUCGCGAGAAGGUUUUAUGCUUUCCGGGCAGCUUAUGGUAGGUGAAAGCAAUGUGCCCCAUUACCAGAACCUCCGUGUCUUCUAUGCCAGGCUGGCUCCUGGCUACGUUAACCAGGAGGUGGUGAGGCUGUACUUGGCAGUGCUGAGUGAUCGGACACCUGAGAACCUUCACGCCUUCCUUAUUUCUGCCCCUGGGAGCUUUGCAGAGACGGGAGCCACUAAGAACCUUCUGGACUCUAUGGCUCGAAAUGUACGUCUGGAUGCUUUACAAUUGCCCAAAGCUUGGAUUAAUGGCUCUGGGCUCCUGCAACACUUGAAGUUCAACAACCCUUUCUACUUCAGCUUUAGCCGAUGCACCUUAUCUGGUGGUCACCUGAUCCAGAGGGUUAUUAACGGUGGGAAGGAUCUUAAAAGCUUGACGAGUUUGAACCUCAGCGGCUGCGUUCACUGUCUGGCUCCGGAAUCUUUGUUUCGAAAAGCAGAAGAUGACAUUGACAGUAGCAUUCUGGAAAGCCUGGUAGUGUCUUGCUGCAACCUGAGACACCUCAACCUCUCUGCAGCUCACCAUCACAGCUCCGAAAGCAUAGGGAAUCACUUGUGCCAGCUUCUGUCCAGGCUGAAGCACCUGCUGUCCUUAGCACUACCCGUUUGCUCCAUCACAGAUGUUGCUGCAAACGUGGAGAAGACUCCCACGGCAUCUAAUUUGGUGCCCCAAACGUUUGGAAGGAAAGUUCGGAUUGGGAUACAGACAUUUCCGAGGAACUUAGCUGACCAGAAGAUAGAGUCUUCGGUGUUCUGGGCUCUGAUGGGAAGCCUCCGGUUUUUGGAAACCUUGGAAAUAAUUGGGUCCAGUUUUUCCUCUGCAAUGCCCCGCAAUGAGCCAGCAAUUCGGAACUCAUUGCCUCCUUGUGUACGGGCACAAAGCGUGGGGGAUUCAGAGGUGGCUGCCAUUAGCCAAUUGACUUACUUGCAGAGCCUCACCUUAGCACAACUGCCAAAUAUUCUUACUGGCUCUGGGCUUAUUAACGUUGGAUUGCAGUGCCAGCAUUUGCGGACUCUUUCCUUGGCCAACCUGGGCAUGAUGGGGAAAGUGGUUUAUAUGUCUGCCCUCAUGGACAUGCUGAAACACUGCAAGUGUUUGAGAGAUCUCAGGCUGGAGCAGCCGUACUUCUGUGCGGGCGCCCAGUUCUUCCAGGCACUGAGUCAUUGCUCCUCUCUCCAGCGGCUUUGCAUCGUCUCCCGGAGCGGGACUCUGCAGUCUGACGCAGUGAUGUCAUUCAUGGCCAACUGCCUCGAAGUCAUCAUGUGCCACAUGUUUAUGGGAGAAUCUCUUACCGUUUGCAAAAAUCUCCAGCAAUCCAUUGUCCGGAGUUUCCAGGCGGACCGCCCUGCAUUAAAUGUUGUCAUUUUCCCUCUGCUUCAUGAGGACUUGACAGAGGUCAUCAGAGAUGUCCCCAUGCGGCACUUGGAUGAAAUUACCUUGUUCAAAAGCAGAGUGGCUGAGGAACCUCCCAACUUGUGGUGGUGACUGUCACAUCAUGGAAAGGACAGUCAGCGUGAACAUGUGAAAUAGCUUCUUGUUGGCCUGGAUUCUCCAUCUUCAGCUCCUGGCCACCUCACUGGAUGCUGUACAAUCACUUUGAAUAGGUGCAAUUGCAAAGUAAUAAUAAUAAUUAAAAAAUGCUGGUCCUUUGCAGUGGGGAAACAUCUGUUGGAUAUUGCUUGCAUCUGAAAAUCCUAUCUCAAAGGCUUCUGGAAUCUGAUAAGUAUUUCCUUGUGGUUAAUAGGAAAUGUUUUGUUAUUUUACUGAAGUUAAAGGUAAGAGAAACAGAAUUAAUGAUGCUCUUUCCCCUGUGUCGCCCGGUGUGUUUCCUAAGGGCCCCUGUGUACUUUGGCAGUGUGCUUUGUGAUAUUGGUGGUAAUCAUUCUCUGCUUCGGUCGAUUUUUGGCAAAGUAGAAAGCCUAAAGCCAGCUAAGAGGCACAAAACUGUGUUGCUCAACUGAACUGCAUCACAUCUUUUCUCUGUGACAAAGAUGCCUUUUUAGUCACACACAUGCAAUCACAGAUAUUUAAAGGGGGUUUUGUUUGGAUUGAGAAGUACCACAAGGACUCUCUUUUUACUUUUGAAUAACAAAUUAAGGUCGUUAGCACCUCAACUGUGGUAUGUUCUUACUGUUUCCACUGCUCUGGUGGAAAAAGUUCUCAGCUGUUUUGGAAAUCCUCCUCCUAGGGUAGAUGGUGCCUGCAGUGAGUAAGUUGAGGCUCGCUGGGAUCUGAUUUAAAUGCAGCCUGUCUUGCAGUGUAGAUGGGAAUGCAGUGUUCCAGUUCUGUCCUUAGAUCCCAUGCUUUGAGAUCAUGCUAAUUUUAGAGAUGUUAUGAAGUAUUUUCACAGUGUGAUUUCAGUCAGCUUCUCUGCUCCACAGAACUUCCUCAGGCAUCAGUAGUGGUCUGGAUCACUUUCAUAUUGCCUUAUUUACUGAGCACUUUUGAAAGCAUCAGGCAGCUGUACCAAAAGCCAAGUGACGAAUUCCUGGAGCUACAUUUCUGGGUGGCAGUGGGGUUUCCCUUCUGCUGGAGUGUUUUGUGGUAGCACACUGGGUGUGUCUUCUGCAAAACAGCUACUAACCAGAGCCCUGCAACUUCUCUACCCAAACAAACACUCCCUGAUGUGUUGAGCAGUGCUUUUCUGGGGAGGCCCAGUGUUGUCCAAAGACGAUAUCCCCAUCUCCUUGUUGGCAUUUUCUACACAAAAUGCUGUCUCCCAAUUGGUGUCCUGCAGCCAUUGGUUGGUAGGAAGCCUGGUUUGAUGGUUUAGCUUUGAGAGCAGAAUGCAUUUCACAGCUUUGGAAGAGUUUCCCAUCAGUCAGCUGUGAACCUGCCUGGAAAUCUGUCUUGCUGAUGUAAAUCUUCAGCCAGACUGCAGUAACCCUUGUGCUCAGAGAGUCGAUGGUGUUAACGAGCAAGUUAAUGUUAGCCUUCUACUAGCACAGCUCUGGGCAUUCUAAAACUAACCCCUGCACGUGUUUGCUGUCUGUCCCGAGUUUCUCUGCCUUCCUCCCUCAGGACAGGGUUCUUGCAGCUAUAAGAAGGUGGUAAGGCUGGCUUCUGCUCUGGGAAAGCUGCAGCAAAGCUGCCAUUGCUCCGAAAGUAUUUGAGCCUCUGCCUCAGGUUCCACACGGUGCGGGUGAGCACGAGGAGCUGGUGCCCUGUUCCUGGCAUCCUGCCACUGUUUGCUCUCCCGCUCUCCCAGCGAGGUCGUUCGUUCUAGCUCUUGUCACGUUACUCACCUGUUUGAGUCUCUCUCCUUCUCCAACAGCUUUCUUCUCUCUCCCUCAUCUCAGUAAAUCAGAUGUGCUUUUUGGCAGGAAUGUGAGCUGCUGCUCUGUCCACUUCAGGCCACUUCAGCUCUGCCUAGUUUUUGUCUGGGUUUCUUUCCUGGAAUAGUGAAGAUUAGGUGGGGAGUGUUUACAAAGCUGCUUUCUCCUCCUUGUGCCUCUAGCCUCAGGGCAGGGUUAGAGGAAAGGCUUGAGGAUAUGGAGCCAGCUCUCCAAUGCCUGAGGGGACCUGUCGUGUCCUUUGCAGGAAUCCUGAUGGCAGAAGCUUGGCAGAACCGCCAGUUCCCAUCCUGCUGGAAGCCCUGUGUGGAGGGCAGUGGUGUGCAGGAAAACCCGGCCAUUGCCUAAUGGGGGUGUCAGCCCUUUGGUCUAGGGGGUUAGAGUAACCUGAUAAAACAUGCUGUACCUUUUGCUUGGCAAAGCCAUACCCAUCUGCCUCGUGUCUUGCUAGAUCAGGGCAGGCAAUCAGGCAUGUUUUAUAAGGCCAUUAUUCUGUUGCCUGGGGUAUGAUGUUUAGACAUCUGUAUUCACACAAGCGGGUCAGAAGUCCUGGUGCAAAUGCUACCAGUUAUAAUCGUGGCUAGGAAAGGUCGCCCACAGGUAAUAAAGAUAGCACCACAAAUAAUGAUAAAGAGCUAAAAAUUCCUUCCACUCCCAGCUCCCCAACUCCGAGCCAAUGCUCGAUGUCUCUACUACAAAUCCUCUUCUGGUGAGUGAGAAUUUCCGCUGCUUCUGCACUCCAGGCAGGAUUCACCAGAUGUUAAUAAUGUGCUUAUUUUCUCUAAGUGCUAUUUUGGCAUCGGUGUUAAUUACAAUUUAUAUUCUGCAACAUUUACACUGGGAAAAGAACCCACCCUAAUAGUCCCCAAUUGGCAGAGCUGGGCUAUUAAACAUAGCACCAUAUGUUCUGAGCAGAGCAAUAUAUGGGUCUUGGAGCCCACUCAGCGCUGAGACUCCGGUGUGCAGCGUUAGAGGAGGAGAGGAGAAUGGAGACAUGGCUGUUCUGUUCCUCAUUUUUUUCUAUUUAAGAAGAAAUUCCACCUGCUUUCCUCUGGUCUCUGUCCCCAUCACUCCAGAAAUCUCCCUCUUGCUAUCUGUGAGCAUCUAAUGAGGUGAUCUCUGAGCCUGCUGAUGCCACUGUCCGUCGUGUAAAAUAAAUGAAUUCAAUUACAGAAGGUGCCCUUCUCGCAGGGAGUGUCUCUGCUGGAUUCCCAGCCCCUGCUGGCAUCCCUCUUGCUGUGCUCCAAAUCAGACCUCUGAUCUUUGGGCACUGCAGAGGGAAUCUUUGUUUUGACCACCAACGAGGUGCUUGUGCUUUUUUGAGAGAAGGAUAUUCUGGAUCAGUGUGGAAAAUCAGUUGUUUGCUGUUCUCCUAAUGUCCAAAGUCUCGUUUAGCAAAGUGGCAUUUGGUUCCUGCAGGCUGAAGAGUGACAGUAGUUUUGGGGUGGGGAGUUUGUCGGGGCUGAUUCAUCAGUGUCUGGGUAGGUUUCUUAGGACUCUAGGUGAAAGGAUUGCUUCCAUGGCUGCUUUGCAAAGCUGAUUUUAUGGUCCCUUAAGAAAACGGCAGUGUAUCCACUGCUGAGUUUGGACAGGGGGCCGUUUAGCAGUGGCCUCUCCCUUUGAAGAGCUCUGACUGCAGUGGCUCGUCAGUCAGGCAAGUGGUUCAGCGGGAGGAGAUGAGUUGGGAGUGAAAGGAGGCAGAGCAGGACUGUGUCAUGGGCCUCGAGCUGGAAGCCAGAAAUGUGCUGUGAGACUUAGCCUCAGUUUCCCCACGUGUGAAGAGGGAAGAGAGCUCACCUGCCUGGCACAUGGGAGCACUCCCUCCAGCGAGGUGGUGCUCCCUGGGGAGGAGAGGGCAGGCCUGGGGCUGCUCCUGGGGCUGGCAGAGCAGAGCAGGGACCCUACUGGCUUUCACUCGCAUGCCUGCCUCCUCCUCAGCUGGGUGGUGUGAGACUGCCAGGGCAGCAGAGCAGGAUCUGUCCCUUUGCCUUGCUGAUCUUCAGAGCUGUGAGAGUCCUGGGGCGGUGUGCAGGAAGGGGACUGUGCACCAUGAGGGACUGUGCACAGCUGGUUUUCUCCCAGCAGCCUUUUUUUAGGAUGGGGUGUCCCCCUGCAGAGUGCACGGAUGUGGAAGGGUUGUUCUCCCUGCCUAAGGGAGAUGCAAUCCCCCUGUGGCUUGCCUGGCCAAGAGUGUCUGGCAGAAGCUCCCUGCCCUUUUCUGCAGGGAGCCCUGUGUGGGGCCCGUCCAGCCGUGCUGGGGCCCGCAGGCCAGUCUCCUUCCAUGGCCGCUGUCCUGCCUCUCCCGUGAGCCGUGCAGGCAGGCGGGGUGCUCCGGCAGGAGAAUCAUUUCCAUAGAAACCAGUUAGGAUGCUCCACAGGGAAUAACGAUUAAUAGUGAAGGGACAUUGCCUUGGGCCUUUUUCAUUUUUUAGGGGGCAGCGAGGGCCAAAUAGGAGCACAGGUGAGGGGACAGGCAGGCUCAGAACCUCAUGGAAACCAUCCCUUCCAUUAAUUCCCCCUUUCCAGCUUCCCCUUUUCUCCUCCUCCCCUGUCCCCCACUGCUGCUUCCCAGCUUUCAUCAAAUUUUCAAAAUGGCUAACCCGGUUAGAAAUAAUCAUAAUAAUAAAAAGGGAUGGAUGAGGUCUGACUGCUAACAUUGUUGCUGUUAGCAGCAGGAUUUCAGCCAUAAAACACGAAGCAAGGGAGGCAUUGACCUUUCCGCUGUUUGAAAUGAAUGGAGACAUCAAUAUCUAUUGUUUUGUGGCAUUGACCUCUGACGCUCUCCUUUCGCCCUCCCCUUCCUUUUUUUUUUUUUUCCAGCUUCCCCCUGACACUGGAGGAAAGGGGUUGGUUGGUUUGUACCAUCUAUUGAUCCCCCUCUCACUCGGUGAUAGGGAAAUAAUUAGAAUUGUAAAGAUCCGUGCUGCGCGCUGGAUCCAGAGCCGGGGCCCCGCUUCCCGCCUCGCCUUCCCCCACCUUCCUUGCAGGGGUUCAAAGCUCUGAGAUCUGAGGGGAGACAGAUCAAUGCAGGUUUAAUCGUGAUGGGGGUUUUAUUUCGGUUUUUUAAAUGGUAAAGUGUAACGUUUUAUGUUCAUGUCGUCAGAGUCUGGCUGCCUGGUGCCUUGUUUUAUUUAUUGUUUUAAGUAGCCCCUUCUUUUGUGAACUUCAUCUAUGUACAGAGAAUGUGAAAUCAGGCAUUGCUAAUUAGCUGUAUGACAAUUAAGUAAUGUAGCACAAAACCAUUAGGACACUGGAUUUGGUUUUGAAGUUUGUCCUUUGAAGUGGAAGCUGCAACUCCCUGCCCAAGGCUGCUGGGGAAAAUGUUUUUCUAUCAAAACUUUCUUUGAAAAUAAAAUGUCAGUGUAAGAGUCCCUAUUUCUGUCGUCUCUCCCUAUAAACAGCGGGUGGAAAUUGUUUCUCAUUGUAAAAGCUGCUGGCAUUGAUAGAAAGGGGAAUUCAGAAAAGCAUUAAAUGGGCAGUUGGUCUCCAAACCCCCUGGGUUCUGCUAGAGACAUUACCAAAACCGCUUGUUUAGCUUGUUGAAAGAGAACGGUGCUGCUUUAGGAGACAAGACCCAGGUCACAGCUAACAAUCCUAGAGAUGGCCAAGGGAAGUGGCUCCCCCCUCAAACUGUGGGUCUGCCUCUGAGGCCUCGAGUGCCAUCGGGAUGCGGCGUGGCCGCGUCGCCCAUCCCGACCAGCUCCUCGGUUCGGGCUCCUCCAUCCGUGCGCUCGUCUGACACUUGUGUUUGCAUCUGGCCCUUUGUUCUAGUUAGUGAGUCGAAUUCUGAAUGUGCAACUUUCAUGUACGCUGGUGGCAUGUAAAACUUCCAAUAAAGAGUGAAACUGAUUUUUGAA